GCUGCUCCCCCCCCUAUUUAAGCCUCGCUUCCUUACUUCUUUCCCACUCUGCCUCUCUCUCUCCCGCUGUUUAGGCAAACCCUAGAAGAAGAAGAAGAAGGGCAGAUACUCUCUAAAGCGUUACAGGUCGGCAAUGGCGGAGACGGAGACGUUUGCUUUCCAGGCCGAGAUCAACCAGCUCUUGAGUCUGAUCAUCAACACCUUCUACAGCAACAAGGAGAUCUUUCUCCGCGAACUCAUCAGCAAUUCCUCCGAUGCUUUGGAUAAAAUUCGCUUCGAGAGCUUGACUGACAAGAGCAAGUUAGAUGCACAACCUGAACUUUUCAUCCAUAUUAUUCCUGACAAGACCAACAACUCUUUGACCAUCAUUGAUAGUGGAGUUGGCAUGACUAAAUCUGAUUUGGUGAACAACCUUGGUACAAUUGCAAGGUCUGGGACCAAAGAGUUCAUGGAAGCUCUUGCGGCUGGUGCUGAUGUGAGCAUGAUUGGACAGUUCGGUGUUGGGUUCUACUCAGCUUACUUGGUAGCUGAGAAGGUUAUAGUGACCUCAAAGCACAAUGAUGAUGAGCAGUAUGUUUGGGAGUCCCAAGCUGGUGGCUCAUUCACGAUCACAAGAGACACUUCUGGUGAGAAUCUUGGUAGGGGCACAAAGAUAACCCUCUUCCUCAAAGAAGAUCAGCUCGAGUACCUUGAGGAAAGAAGGCUCAAGGAUUUGAUCAAGAAGCACUCUGAAUUCAUCAGCUACCCAAUCUCUCUCUGGAUUGAGAAGACAACGGAGAAGGAGAUUUCUGAUGAUGAGGACGAGGAAGAAAAGAAAGAUGAGGAAGGAAAGGUGGAAGAUGUUGAUGAAGAAAAGGAAAAGGAGGAGAAGAAAAAGAAGAAGAUCAAGGAGGUAUCCCAUGAGUGGUCCUUGGUGAAUAAGCAGAAGCCCAUCUGGAUGAGGAAGCCUGAGGAGGUCGCUAAGGAAGAAUAUGCUGCUUUUUACAAGAGCCUUACAAAUGAUUGGGAGGAGCACUUGGCUGUCAAGCACUUCUCUGUUGAGGGCCAGUUGGAGUUUAAAGCCAUUCUCUUUGUUCCCAAGAGGGCACCAUUUGAUCUCUUUGACACAAGGAAGAAGCCUAAUAACAUUAAGCUUUAUGUACGCCGUGUCUUUAUCAUGGACAACUGUGAGGAACUGAUCCCGGAGUACCUAAGCUUUGUGAAGGGCAUUGUGGAUUCUGAGGACCUUCCUCUCAAUAUCUCCAGAGAAACGUUGCAGCAGAACAAAAUCCUGAAGGUUAUUCGCAAGAAUCUGGUCAAGAAGUGCGUUGAACUCUUCUUUGAGAUUGCUGAGAACAAGGAGGAUUAUAACAAGUUCUAUGAGGCCUUCUCUAAAAACCUCAAGCUUGGCAUUCACGAGGAUUCGCAGAACAAGUCUAAGCUUGCUGAACUGCUCCGAUACCACUCCACCAAGAGUGGUGAUGAGAUGACUAGCUUGAAAGAUUAUGUUACUAGGAUGAAAGAGGGUCAGAAUGACAUCUACUACAUCACUGGUGAGAGCAAGAAAGCUGUUGAGAACUCUCCAUUCCUGGAGAAGCUAAAGAAAAAGGGCUAUGAGGUUCUUUACAUGGUUGAUGCAAUCGAUGAAUAUGCAGUGGGACAGUUGAAGGAAUUUGAGGGGAAAAAACUGGUCUCCGCAACCAAGGAAGGUCUGAAACUUGAUGAGAGCGAAGAUGAGAAGAAGAAAAAGGAAGGUCUCAAGGAGAAGUUCGAGGGCCUCUGCAAGGUGAUUAAAGAUGUUUUAGGGGACAGAGUAGAGAAAGUGGUGGUGUCUGAUCGCGUUGUGGACUCUCCCUGCUGCUUGGUGACUGGAGAGUAUGGCUGGACGGCCAACAUGGAGAGAAUCAUGAAGGCCCAGGCUCUGAGGGACUCGAGCAUGGCUGGCUACAUGUCUAGCAAGAAGACAAUGGAAAUCAACCCGGAGAAUCCCAUAAUGGAGGAGCUUAGAAAGAGAGCUGAUUCUGAUAAGAACGACAAGUCGGUGAAAGAUUUGGUUCUGUUGCUGUUCGAGACUGCUUUGCUCACCUCGGGGUUCAGCCUGGAUGACCCGAAUACCUUCGGCAACAGAAUCCAUAGAAUGCUUAAACUUGGCCUGAGCAUUGAGGAGGAAUCUGGCGAAGCCGAUGUUGAGAUGCCCCCGCUGGAGGAGACAGAAGCCGAUGCAGAGGGCAGCAAGAUGGAGGAAGUUGAUUAAAUAGCAAGAAGCAUUCAAUCCUGAUUUGGUAGUUUAUUUUGACUUUCGUUUCUGCCUGCGCUGCCUUAGUACUCUACUAUAAAACUCUCUAUUUGUUUUGUUUUCUUCUUUAUGAUGGGUUGGUGACUUGACUGGGUUUUAGUAGCGAUUUUUGAGGAAUGCUUGCUUUUUUAGAUAUGAAUGAUAUGGUUGCUGCCUGGCUGGCUCUUUUGUCGAA